GACAUCUGUUGCUUUGAGCCUGUGGUUACCUACUAUAAACUUUCCCUGUGAACCUGACUGAGCUGCAAUGGCAGGAUCAGUUCAGAGGUUUAUAUUGAUCUAUUCUGUAUUACUUUUGGAAGCGCCAAUCCUGACACAUUGUAUGGGUGACCUGUUUUAUCCAUUCGGGACAGCUGUUGGAGAUGUUGCCAACCCCAAAGAGGAUGAUGGAGGAUCUCCACAGAUACCCAUCUCGAUCAACUUCCCCUUCUUCAAAACAUCAUACAGCUCCUUAUAUGUGAACAAUAACGGCGUAGUCUCCUUCCGAGAUGCUGUCUCUCAGUUCACACCCAACACCUUCCCCCUGGCAGAUGGCCGGCCAUUUAUUGCCCCGUUUUGGGGUGACGUGGAUACCCGGAACGGAGGUGAGAUCUAUUACCGACAAAGCUCCGAGCCCCGUCUCUUACAGAGAGCCAGUGCAGACAUCAACAGGCACGCUCCAUCACUUCAGUUCCAAGCGCAGUGGGUCUUUGUGGCCACAUGGGAUCGAGUCGCAUUCUAUGGAUCCCAAACAUCAAAG